AUGUCAACUCCCGUGGGCGCCGAGGACGAGCACGUUGCAUCCGAUGGCCACGCGCUGCCGCAAGCCCCGCGCAAGUCGCGGAAAGCGGGGAUCGGUGCCCUCCUGGCCUUGGUGCUGCUGGUGAAUCUGGCCGCGAGUCUCUAUCAGCUGCCCCUGAACAGAGUUGUCGAGCGUCGACUUUGCCGCGAGCACUACCUGGCUGCGGAUCCCUCGGUGAUCGAUCGGGACGGCAGUGUGGACGAAACUUUGUGCAAGAUCGACAGCGUCCAGCAACGGCUGGCAUGGAUUCAAGGAACCAUGGAAACGGCAUGGAUCGUGGGAGACUUUGUCAUGACCAUCCCGCUAGGAUUUCUUGCUGAGCGGUACGGCCGGCGCACUAUCCUGUCCCUUAACCUCGUACCUCGGAUCUUCAUGUUGGCCUGGGCCGUUCUCGUCGGUUAUUUCGAACAGGCGCUCCCGACUAAGGCCAUUGUUGCCUCUCCGUUUCUCUCCGUGUUGGGGGGCGACUGUGUGUUUAACUCGAUUACUUACGCCAUCGCGUCUAGCAUGACCGAUGAUCAUGUUGAGAGGUGA